CCUGGCCUCGUUUGCUUGACCACACGAAGAAGGAACCGACGGUGACUGACAUCUAAUUAACCUCGCAAUUUCGACUGUAUAUAAUUAUUUCCCGAACAUUCGCUUAGUACAUCUCGAACAUUUAACCACCGUACAUAUAUACAAAGGUGCACGCGACUCCAUCGCCAAACCGAUUUCUACUACGGUACAUAUAUUACCGAUAUAAUAAUACAUUAAUUUUAGUCAGGUUUCGUCUACUUGAGCAAGUAGCAAAUUCAUCACCAUGCUGCGGACUAUACCGACUCUGGCCUUGGCCCUAUUGGGUGCAUCUACCGUCUUCGCUGACGAUGCGCCUCAGUGUUCUUUAACUCAGAAGUGCCCUGAGGAGACUCCCUGCUGUUCCCAGUAUGGCCAAUGUGGUGUUGGCGCAUACUGUCUCGGUGGAUGUGAUCCCCGCAUGUCUUUCUCUCUCGACGCUUGUGUCCCUGAGCCUGUUUGCGCAAGCAGAACGAUGGCUAUGGACAACACCGACCGUAUCGUCGACGUAUCGAAGUACCUUGGCGACGCCACCAAGGCCGAUUGGGUUGCCCAGGGCACACCUCUUGCUCACAGCGGCAACACCCUUCUGACCAUGCCUGCUGACUCUGUCGGAACUGUUCUCGCUUCUACGGUAUAUAUGUGGUAUGGAAAUGUGAAGGCAAAGAUCAAGACGGGACGUGAUGCCGGUGUUGUUACUGCCUUCAUUCUGCUCAGUGACGUCAAAGAUGAGAUCGACUUCGAGUUCGUUGGUACCGAAUUGGAUAUUGCCCAGACCAACUACUAUUUCCAAGGCAUUCCCGACUACACCCACUCUUCCAAUAUUACCAGCCUUUCCGACACCAAUGCGAAUUGGCACGAGUAUGAGAUUAGGUGGACCCCUGACAAAAUUGAGUGGUAUGUGGAUGGCAAGCUUGGCCGAACGCAAGAGAAGUCAAAAACGUGGAACGCUACGUCGAACCAGUGGGACUUCCCACAGACGCCGGCCCGUGUCCAACUUUCUAUCUGGCCCGGUGGCUCUGACAAGAACGCCAAGGGCACCGUCGACUGGGCAGGCGGCCCGAUCGACUGGAACAGCAACGACAUCCAGAAGGACGGAUACUACUAUGCUACCAUCGGCGAAGUAACCAUCGAAUGCUACCAGACCGAUAGCGCCCCCGGCACCAACUCUGGCAAGAGCUAUGUUUACAAGGAUGCGAAGGCUACCAAUAACACUGUUGAGGAUGGUGACGCCAAUACGGUCCUCAAGUCGCUUCUGGGCACGGGUUUGGACAUGGAUAAGGACUACCCAUCUUCAUCGUCAAGCGCAUCGUCAAGUAGCCAACAAGUUAUCCCCGGAUUGAACGGUGGUGGCCCCGGUACCAAUGGUCAGGCUGCCGGAGGUGAUACCAGCGGUUCGAACGGUGCUAGUAAUGCUGGCAGUGCCCCUAGUGCAGCUUGCACCGCUAGUUUCCAACAAGUCUGUGGUUCUGAGGGCACCAACUCAAACGAAGGUGUACGGCAAGAACGUGUUCUCGGUGCUAGUGCUUUCGCAGCUUUCAUUGCCGUAGCAGGCAUGCUCUGGCUAUAAGCUAGGUGGAAGAGCGAAUUAAGUCCUAUCCUCUGUAUGAAAUACGGGGUUUAAUUAAGGACAUUUCCA